CGGAACGAUAUAACCUCAAAUCCAAAACAACGCUUCACGUUUGUCAAUCGCGUUUUUAUCAGCGUUCAAAAUAUACCUACACGUGUUUAUUUAAAACAUUAUUUUGAUUUGAGAAUGAAAUCAAGGUAGAAUUGCUCAAAAUGAGUAAAUUGUUCGUGCUCUAUGAGCACAGUGCGGGCUUUGCGUUAUUCCGCAUAACAGAGUUUGAGGAGCUCGCAGCAUUCUUACCGCAAGUUGAGGAGUCUGUGACUGACCUGCAGCGAUUCAACUCUGUGGUGACUUUGAUUGCAUUCCAGCCUUUCAAGUCGGCUGUGUUGGCACUGGAAAAUAUUAAUGCUAUUUCUGAAGGUAUCCUACCAGAGGACCUGAACUUGUUCCUUGAAGGUGCCUUGCCCAAACGCAAGAAGCGCAGCAAAUGUACACUGGGAGUGUCAGAUCCUAAACUUGGAGCGGCCAUCAGUGAGGCCCUGGAGGUACCAUGCUCACAUACUGGUGCUGUUCCAGAAGUGUUAAGAGGUAUCAGACACCAUUUCCAUGCCCUUAUCAAAGGGCUCACCCUCAAGGCUUGCAGUGUUGCCCAGCUGGGACUGGGGCACUCAUACUCGCGUGCCCGAGUUAAGUUCAACGUGCACCGAGUUGACAACAUGAUCAUUCAGUCUAUCGCGCUGUUGGACCAGUUGGACAAGGAUAUUAACACAUUUUCUAUGCGGAUCAGAGAAUGGUACUCCUACCAUUUCCCAGAGCUCGUCGCAAUCGUACCCGAUAACCAUCUAUAUGCCAAGUGCGCAGAGUACAUUAAAGAUCGCAAAUCCUUAACGCCCGAGUCAGUUGAGCCAUUGACAGAUAUAAUCGGGGACUCGGAGAAGGCCCAGGCUGUCUUGGACGCGUCCAAGAUGUCGAUGGGCAUGGACAUAUCUCCUGUAGACCUGAUCAAUAUACAGAUGUUUGCAGUGAGAGUCGUUGCGCUUGUCAACUACAGGAAGCAAAUAUCGCAGUACCUACACACCAAGAUGAACUCCGUAGCUCCGAACCUCACCACCCUGGUGGGUGACCAAGUCGGUGCCAGGCUAAUAUCAAAGGCCGGCUCGCUUACUAGCUUGGCCAAGUACCCGGCCUCAACACUGCAGAUUCUAGGUGCUGAGAAAGCACUAUUCCGUGCCCUGAAGACCCGUUCCAAGACACCGAAGUAUGGUCUUCUGUACCACUCCACAUUCAUCGGUCGUGCAGGCUUGAAAAACAAGGGUCGCAUCAGCCGGUACCUGGCCAACAAAUGCAGUAUUGCGUCCCGCAUUGAUUGCUUCUCUGAAAACCAAACAACAAUAUACGGAGAGAAACUGCGGCAACAAGUGGAAGACAGGCUGAAGUUCUACGAGACUGGUGACAUCCCAGCCAAGAACAUUGAUGUGAUGAAGCAGGCGAUGGAGGAGGUGGCUCUCAUGACCCAGGAGGAACCGCCUGAAGAGACGCCCAAGAAGAAGAAGAAAAAGAAGAAGAACAAGCAAGAAGGUGAAGCGAUGGAGGAAUGAAAAGUGAAACAAAAGUUUCAACUUUAGAAGUUAAUUGUUCGAUGUUAUAUAAGUUUUAUAAAGUUUGUAAAGAUGAUUAUAUGUGUGUAAUAAUAAUAAAUAGACUUUA